UAUUAUUAAUUUCUCUUGCAAUUUUUUUCUUGACUUCUCCUCUUCUCCCCAUUUUCCCUUUAUUAUCUACUCUAUACUGAUUUACUUAUGCUGGGUUCUCUUGAUGCUUUUCCUUCUUUAUCUACCUCAUGCAUGAAGUAAUUCUUUAUCUUCCUCUGCCUAUCACUUUGAUAUAAGAAACCCAAAGUUUGGACGCUCUCGAGUCCUUCAGUAUACUGCUUCCAUGAACAACUGGUUGGGCUUCUCUCUUUCCCCGCAACAACUCCCAUCACAAUCUGAUCAUCAUCAGAAUCACUCUCAAAACACUUCUUCUCGCUUAGGUUUCCACUCAGAUGAAAUCUCAGAAACCGAUGUGUCUGGCGAGUGCUUCGAUCUCACUUCUAACUCAACUCUUCCUUCUCUCAACCUCCCCGCCACUUUUGGUAUUCUUGAAGCUUUCAGAAACGAUCAAUCUCAAGAUUGGAAUAUGAAGGGUUUAGGCAUGAACCAGGACACUACCUACAAAACCAACUCAGAUCACCUCUCCGUGCUCAUGGGUACUUCAUGCAGUAGCCAAAACCUUGAUCAGAAUCAAGAACCCAAGUUGGAAAAUUUCCUUGGUGGCCACUCCUUCGCUAAUCAUGAGCACAAGCUUCCUGCAGGUUGUAAUACUAUGCACAUGUUCCAAAACUGCUCUUCUCAACAGGCUACACCACAUGAUGGAACAAGCAUUUUUGGAGAAGAUAACAAUAGUAUCAAUACUGGUAGUAAUAGUAGCUCUAUUGGGUUGUCUAUGAUCAAGACUUGGCUAAGGAACCAGCCUGCACCGACACAACAACAUGAGCACAAGAACAAUGGCGGUGGUGCACAAACUUUGUCCCUUUCUAUGAGUACUGGGUCACAAUCAGGCUCGCCUUUGCCACUUCUCGGAACAAAUACUGGCGAAACCAACAACAAUGGUGGAGAUAAUCACAGUUCUUCUGAUAACAACAAGCAAAAGAUAGCUACUGGUAUCGACAGCCAAACCGGCGCCCUUGAGUCGGUUCCCAGGAAAUCUAUAGAUACCUUUGGCCAAAGGACAUCUAUUUAUCGUGGUGUAACCAGACAUAGAUGGACAGGUAGAUAUGAGGCUCAUCUGUGGGAUAAUAGUUGCAGAAGAGAAGGACAAACCCGAAAGGGAAGACAAGUUUAUUUGGGUGGAUAUGAUAAAGAAGAGAAGGCAGCAAGAGCAUAUGAUUUAGCGGCACUAAAAUACUGGGGCACCACUACUACGACAAAUUUCCCAAUUAGCAACUAUGAAAAAGAGCUAGAAGAAAUGAAGCACAUGACCAGGCAGGAGUAUGUUGCCUCUCUUCGAAGGAAGAGUAGUGGCUUUUCUCGGGGUGCAUCCAUCUACCGAGGUGUUACUAGACACCAUCAGCAUGGAAGAUGGCAAGCAAGAAUUGGAAGAGUUGCCGGGAACAAAGACCUUUACUUGGGAACUUUCAGUACCCAAGAGGAAGCAGCAGAAGCAUAUGACAUUGCAGCCAUAAAAUUCCGCGGAUUGAAUGCUGUAACCAACUUCGACAUGAGCAGAUAUGAUGUAAAAAGCAUCCUGGAGAGCACCACUUUACCCAUUGGAGGAGCAGCUAAGCGGUUGAAAGAUGCAGAGCAGGCAGAAAGGAAAAUAGAUUCACACAGAGCAGAACAUGAAAAUAUGAGUUCUCAGUUUUCAGAUGGAAUCAGCAGCUAUGGCACAGCACACCACCCUUGGUCUACUGUUGCAUUUCAACAAUCUCAUCAUCAACCUUUUAGCUUGCACUAUCCUUAUGGGCAAAGGCUUUGGUGCAAGCAAGAACAAGAUCAACUUCAAGUGGGAAACACCCACAAUUUCUUUCAGCCUUCUAUUUUGCAUAACCUCAUGAGCAUGGAUUCUUCUUCGAUGGAACAUAGCUCAGGGUCUAAUUCAGUUAUUUACAGCAGUGGAGGAGCAGAUGGUAACAAUGGAGUCAAUGGAAGCUAUCAUGGAAUGGGUUCCCGUGCAAUCCCAAUGGCCACUACAGUUGUGGCUAAUGAUGAUGGGGAACAAAAUCAAGGGAAUGGUUAUGAAGAUGGAGAAGUGAAGGUUGUUGGGUAUGAAAAUAUGUUAGGGUCAUCAGACCCUUUCCAUGGUAGAAGCUUGUAUUAUCUUUCACAGCAAUCAGCAGCAGAAGGAGGAGGUGUAGUGAAGGGAAUAAUAAGUGCAUAUGAUGAUGAGGGGUCAGCGUGCAACAAUUGGGUUCCAACAGCAGUUCCUACAGUUGGGACAAGGUCAAGCAAUAUGGCUGUCUGCCAUGGAGCUUCAACUUUUGCAGUGUGGAACCACACAUGAUUAAGAAUUGGAUGAUGGGAUUCUUGUAUACACAACUGAUUUUCAAUUUUGAUAAUAUUUCCUUCUAUAUAUGUAUGUUCACUAAUGGGGGCCUAAAGAAGAUUGGCUGAUCUUUCUCUUCUUUGCAUUGGGUUCCUUGAUCUUUGUCUUCUAAGGUGAAGUUCAGCAAUAGCAAGCCAGAGUUUAAAAAUUCUCGGUUGCUAUGAAUUUUGGGGAACUUCAGAUCCUCGGAAUAGUAUUUUGACAGCCAACUUUG